AUGUCCUAAAUUAGAGAAAACUUAAACUCUUAAUAAGUUUGGUAUAAUAUCAUUUUAACUCUCUUAGGGUCGCAAGAUCUUGCAGACAGCCAGGGUUUCAUUGUCAAGAAAUAUGACCCUGCUGUUACUGGCAGAUUUAAUUAUGAACAAAGAGCUCAAAUUGAAAAGGAUCGUCCCCCUAAUUAUGGGUAAAUCGAACUUCCUAAAAGUCUGAAAUCAAGCCAUAAGAGAGUCUACAGCCCUUAAACAUUUCUUCUUGAUGGAUAUGCCUAGUGCCCUAGUCCAAUUAGCAAGCCAUAUCAGAACCAGUCGACAGUUUUAAAGCGAGAUUUCAUUAAGAAGAGGACAUCAGCUGAUUGUGAGAUUAAUACUUAGUAAAAUGCUGUCUAUAUAAAAAAUAAGUGGAACAAAAAUUUAGUUAAGAAUACCUUAGAAAAUACUUUCUUUCAAAAUAAUAAUGUUGGAGUUUCACAUCUAACUUCCCCUGCUAAUUAUACUCAAGACGAAACAAUCAUGUAGAUGAUGAAGCAGAGGAAAGAGUUUUUACUUUAGAGCGUAGAGAAGUAUAGAGAAAAAAUAAAGUCAGUCUCAUUAGUAAGACCAGAAUCCCCUUCUGAUGAACCUGUGAAGAUUUCAAAACCAACUUCUAAAUAAAUAAGACUGGAUGCUUUAAAUGAUACCUUUUAAAACAAUAUCCCUGGUGAAACUAUUAACGGCAGAACAGUUAUGAAACCCGUAUACAAAUUAAGAAAGACAAUUCUGUAGCCACUAAAUGAUUCAUCUAUCUCAGCACCAUUAACAAGACUGUCUUAGACAAUAAGAAACAAUUCAUCGCCGCCAGUAUUAGACUAUCAAGAGAAUUCGACCUAGCAGAGUAACAUCUUAUCAUUGAAUGCAAAUUAAACUACUGCAGCCACCAGCAGAGUUAUGAAUUCGAUAGAUCUAAGUGAUACUAAUAUUCAUCACUCGAGUUUGAUAUAGAGUCUUGGCAAUAAUGAUUCCAAUAAGAGAUCCACCAGUAUGAUGAACUAUGAGUCCCUUAAAUAAAAGAAAAUCAAGUUUUUGACAAAUAAAUCUCCAAGGUACAAUGAUAGUGGUCUUGAAGAUGAUUCUAGUAGUUUAAGUCCCUCUAAAAUUUAGGGAACAAUUCCAAACUACUCUAUAAAAUAAGGCUAUAGGAAGAAAGUUAAGCCUUUUUUCCUAUAGUAGAGCUAAGUUGUAAGCAGUAAAACUCUUGAUGGCUAAGAUGCUUUGAAUGAGUAUUUGAAAUAAAAAGACCCAAGUUAGUAGCUCAAGUUUUUAGAUUAGAUACAGGUUUAGUAUGAUUAGCUAUUGAAUUUGGAGUAGUUAGAAUAAAAAAGUAAAGUAGGCUCAACUUUGAUGUACAAAUUUAAAACAGAACAAGCAAUUUUAGAUAAAUUAGAGGAAUAAUAGGAUGAGAUAGAGAAAAAGAAAACAAAGGGAAGAUUUUAGGUUUAGCUUCCAAAUACUUCAGACAUCUGGAGAAUUGACAGGUAAUGGCAAAUGAAGUCAAAUCCGUUGGCAGCUCAAGAAGAAAUCCGUCGAGACACUAUUGAUCGCAAAAUCCUAGAAAAACGAAGAAAUCAGCGUGUCUUAAAAAAUUUAGCAAUGGAAUAAUAAUAUAAGAUUCCUAUGAAUAAAGCACGGGAAAUGAAUAAUCACAUUUGA